GCGACGAACCAGCGGGUACCGGCGGGGCGCGGCCCUGUCGCAAGCGCACCGUCCGGUCGACCCCGCCCCCACAUCCGGGCACUCUCCCGCCGCUGGCUGUCACUUGGGGAAGCACCCCACCCCUGCUUCCUGGCCUGGCUUCGACUGGGCCACGCCUACAGCGCUUGGGCUCCGCCCCUGGUCCUUUUACAUCCGGGUCUUAGCACCCCCAGGUUCGACUGCACAGCUGGAGCCGGGAGGGUGUAUAUUUCCGUCCUCACACGAUCCACUGGACCACUCCUGGCCCCUCCAGCAUGUUCCUAGCGGCGCCCUAUUCAGAGCCCCGUCUGUAUAAUCUUCGUCCCGCCCGCUCCCUGUAGGCCACGCCUCUGCCGUGAGGAGGAACCCUCGGGGCCCAGCCCGGACAUGCCGGCCACUGCAGAGUCCAGCUUCAGUGAGACUGACAAGGAGGUGUUGUCCCCAGUCGCGGCUGCCGCAGCCCCCCCCUCUUCCAUGGGGGAGGACCCAGGCCCUGACCGGGCAGCCACACCCCCAGUGUGGGACCGCGGAGGGCCUGGAGGGUCCCAGCAGGGUGCUCCUUCAGCCCCAGACAGUGGCCAGCCUGGCCCUGGAUCUGGCCUUGGCCCAACCAGCACAGUCUCGGGGACCAGCGAGGACCUGAGGCCUCCCAGACGACGCCAACAACCAGGGAAGCAGAUACCCUGCUCCAGCCCUGGAUGCUGCCUCAGUUUCCCCAGUGUUCGAGACCUGGCACAGCAUCUGCGUACCCACUGCCCACCCACACAGUCCCUGGAAGGCAAGCUCUUCCGCUGUUCCGCCCUGAGCUGCACCGAGACCUUCCCCACCAUGCAGGAACUGGUGGCACAUGGCAAGCUGCACUACAAACCCAAUCGCUACUUCAAGUGUGAGAACUGCCUCCUGCGCUUCCGCACGCACCGCUCGCUCUUCAAGCAUCUGCAUGUUUGCGCCGAGCAUGCGCAGAGCCCAGCCCCGCCACCACCCCCUGCCCUCGACAAGGAGCCCCCGGCGUCCGAACGUCCCCAGGAGUCAGACGCUGCGUCCGCGCCGGGCCUGCCGUUCCCGCUGCUCGAGCCCUUCACGACCCCCGCCCCCGCCCCCACCGGGCCCUUCCUGCCCUACUUGAACCCCGCGCCCUUUGGCCUAACCCCCCCGCGCCUGCGCCCCUUCCUGGCUGCGGCGCCCGGGCCGCCCGCCUCCAGCGCCGCAGUCUGGAAAAAGAGCCAAGGUGCCGGCGGCAGCCCGCGAAGACCCCAGGGCGGCUCCGACGCACCCUCAGGGCACGCGGCCCCGAGCCGCAUCGUGUGGGAGCACACGCGCGGCCGCUACUCGUGCAUGCAGUGCGCCUUCUCCACGGCCUCGCGGCCCGCCAUGACACUGCACCUGGAGGACCACCGCCCCAUCGCCCCCGCGGCCCCGGCGCCCGGGCAGCCGCGCCCCGACGCGCCGCCGGGUAAGGCCGAGGAGCGCGCGGGUGGGGAGGGCGGGGGCCCCGAGGCGAGGGGCGGGGCCGAGGCUCAGGCGCCCCCUCCUCUGCCCCACCCAGACCCGGCCCCGCUUGCACCCAAGGUGUCUCCGCUGCUGGCAGAGGGGGAGUGUCCGGUUUUCUCGCCGUUCUGAAUCCGGCGGGGGGAG